CAAGGAGAAAACCCUAAAAUAGGCAAGAGGGAUACCUUCUGCUCCGAAGACCGCAUUCCAGCGGCUUCAAUGGCGUCCGAAGCCGAGUCGGAGGAGAACCUCCUCCGAGUCGGGGCGAUUCCGGCCAUCGACCUGCGAUUCCUGUCUCAGGAAGAUCUUAAUUGCCUCGCUACCCUUUCCGACGAGCUCCGCCUUUUGCGACGCGAUGACGUCGUCGUCCCGAAGAUCGACCGCUCGGUUUUCAACGAGAGCGCUGGAAGCAGGAGGCAGACGUACUCCAGGCUCCGGCUUGCUCAGAGAAAGGACGAAGCCGUGGCCGUCAGAGGCGGCCGUCGUCGAACCGGGCUUCUUACGGUUUCGCGCCAUCCCGCCGGCUCCGUGGACAACUCGGGUACCAGGGACAACGAUCUGAUCGUCAGUCUCCUCCGAGACUUGUUCUCGAAGGAAAAUCCGGCGUCUUCUGCAUCGAAGAAUGGGUUCCCCCCUAGGGUUUCUUCUCCUGUUGAGGGAAUGGGAGCGAGAUCCAUCGGCACCGUGGGUUUGUUGGAGGAUCUUUCUUCGCGACCGAGGAAAAGGAGGAAGAAAGACGACGCAAGGAGGAAAAUGCAGGGCUCGCUGUCUCAGGGAGUUCGCGGCGAACGCUUGGAUAAUGGCGUGAGUUCGUCUUCCGCUGGUGCACAGAACGGAGUUCUCAACGUGCUUCCCUUGGCGAGUGAGGAUAUCUUCGUUGCGGAGUUGAACAGGAGAACGGCAGGUCUGGUGAGCGAAGCAGAUGUACUCGGGUUCUUAGGCAGAUUGCCUGGCCGGUGGGCGUCUAGAAGGAAGAAGAAGAAGUUUGUUGAGGCGAGCGAUGUUGGCGAAGGAUUACCAAAAGGUUGGAAGAUUUUGGUGGGCAUUCGGCGGAAACAUGGUCGUGUGUACGUCGACUGCCGCAAGUACAUAAGCCCGAGCGGGAAGCAAUUUAUUACCUACAAGGAGGUGUAUUCUCAUUUGAUGUCUUCAGUUGGGUCCCAUGCUGCAAGUUGGGACAUUUCUCCAAAUUUAGGUGUUGACAAUACUUCGGUGAAUAAAUUGCCUCCAGGAAAAAGUGUUGUUGCUAAGGAGGACAGCCAGAAAGACAACUCUCAGCCUCAAACGGUGGUCGUAAGCCUUGUGUCAACGACUCUCUCUGCUUCUUCUGAUAACGAUGGACAUCUCUCGCAUAAGGUAAAGAAUCCAGUGAAGGACCAAUUCAGGAGUUUGCUUGAAUGCCGUCAGUGCAAAGUGAGUUUCUGCAAGAAGGAGGAGUUUAUGCAGCACUUGCUGACAGCCCAUCAGAGAAAUGCGAAGACAUGUCGACCUUAUAAAACUAUUGGUGAAGGUGUUAUCAUUAAAGAUGGAAAGUAUGAGUGCCAGAUUUGCCACAAGAUUUUUGAAGAGAGGCAUCGCUAUAAUGGUCAUGUUGGUGUACAUGUGAGACAUUAUGUUAGAAGUCUUGAAGCAUUGCCGGAUGAGAUAAUUGUGGAGAAAAACGUUGAUCAAUUGUCACAUGUUGGAGUUACUUCAAUGGGUUGUGAAAUGCAUUCUGCUAUUGGUAAUGACAGUAAUUCAUUGGAUGAUGGCUCUGAUGUUAAAACUAAUGGUCAACAAACUGUUACUCACGGAAGCUCUGUCAAUAAUUCAGAGAUGUGUAUAGACGGGAAUGCUUCUGAUUCUACUCCAAGGGAUGCUACCAGCGCAAUUGUUUCUUGUGCUACUUUAACGAACAUUGCUGAUGAGCAGAAUAAUGAUGCUGCAAUUGUUCAUCGAAAAGAAGAAAAGGUUGGCUCUGUUGAGAACGCAAAUGGAUUUAGUAAUGAGGAAGAUGAUAUUGCAAAUUCCUGUUUGCCUUCCAAUCUGAAUGGCACGUCUGAUAGUGUCAAGCUUGAUGUGAAAGACAAAGGCAUCGACAACUCUGCAAACAGUUUUGAUGGCUUUCACAAGGAUCUUGCCAAUAAUUCUGGAGCAGGUGGACAAAAAUGUACGGUCGAUGAAACAAGCAAAUGCUACAAUCUUGACAGUGGUUUUGAUGGUCUUUAUGGUGAUAAAGAGCAGGUUUUUAAGCCAAUUGUAGCUGAAUCUGCGGUUCUAGUUGAUGGAAAAAGUGAAAAACAAUGCAAGUUGACAGACUCAUCAUCUGUGUCCUUGCAAUCAUCAAGCUGUUUGUUUUCACAUGAGAUGAAGAUAAAAAAGGGAGAAGAUGAACCGAAGAUUGCUGGCCAGACGGAUGAGAGAUCUUGUUCGGAGAAGGUACCAGUGGGUGACAGUAAGCAACCGAUAUCAAUCCCAGUGGACCUGGACUGUGGUGUUGCCCUGGUUGAAGCCAUUGGGACUUCGGUGCAGCCGGACUGGGAUGCAUUGUUGCCAAAGAUCGUCAACAACCAUCAGGUUACUACUGUAUGUGUAUGGUGCAGAAAGGAAUUCAACCAUGAGGGAAUUGAUCCUGAGACACAACCCGACUCUGUUGGUUUCAUGUGUCCUGCAUGCAAGGCUAAAAUCUCAGGGAAACUUAAUGUACUGGAUGAUGGCUUAGUAAAGAAUUUUGAUCCACUCUAGUUUGGGAACUGUGCAACAUAUUAUUGCUGAGAGGAUUAGCUUCAUAGACAGGAGGUAAUCUCUUCUCUUCUGGGUAAUUCCUUAUCAUGAUUGUUGUACCCAAUUUAAGUUUGUUUCACCCCAUAUUUCAGCAGAAAAUGUACAAUUUUUCUUUGAAACCUAACCCUACAAAUUUGAUUAUUCAAAGAAUAAGCUAAAUAAGAUAGGUUUAGUAAAGUUAACCACAAACAUAGAUAAUGGACGAGUCAAUGACGUUGCUAGAAAUUCUGGUGAGGGGGCACUGAGCACUCAUAUGUAAAUAUGUGCACUUGUAGGCAAAUGUUUUGGAAGUUUGUGGGCAUGUUCCCCGUGGCCCAUAUGUAGUUUUGCACAACGUGCACUCUUGUAGCCUGUAGGUGAAGCCAAUCAAAGUUGUAAGUCGCCAAAGAGACCUAGUCGGUCUGAUUUGGUCAUGUAUACUUCAAUAAUUAUUUUUGGUGGUCUGGUUUUCA